GUUUCGUGCGUAAUAUAGUGGCGUAGAUUCUAGAAUCAGUAAUCUUUCAAGAGUCCGUUUUCGUGGAUGAGUGUUUAUGAAAAAUAAAGCGACAAAAUGUUCGGGCGUCGUAACGAUAAAAACGACAGACAACACGUAUUUUCGUAUCCUACCAUAAAAGUGAAAAACGUUUCGUGCGUGCGGUGCAGGCACCAAUUUUUCAUCAAAGAUUUUAAUAGCUUGAAAAAAGAAUCGCACAUUCCAUUACUUUUGCCAUGUGGACAUGCACUGUGCGAAAGAUGUGCCCACUCAGGUCGCGGUCUAGACUGCAGCGUAUGUCGAAUGCCAGAAACAACACCUGAUAACAAUAAAGAAAAUGCAAGUCUUGCUGACGAAAAUGCGAUGCUUCCUGUACAUAUUUACGUACUCGGGUUGGUCGGCUUGUCCCAGAGUCGUCCAGUUUGUCCGGAUGAUCCUGAUCUGGAAUUUUACCAACCAAUUAAAUCGAAAAUUCGACAGUCGUUUGAUAAAGAGCGGUGUUCUGAAUGUUUGAAGAAGGCAGACUCAAGAUGCCUUGACUGUAACUGUUUGUUUUGCAACUUUUGUUAUUCCAAGCUUCACAAUAUGGCUUUACUCAACCACCGCAGAAUGAUGUUCCCGAAUUCUCAAAAUGGCAUUGAUCCUGCAUUAGAUACACAUUGUCCUGUACAUUCUAGCAACUCUAUUUGUUUUUAUUGUGGUCAGUGUGAUGUGACUGGUUGUAGUGAAUGUAUGAUUUUAACGCACAAUGGACACAGUGCAUUCACCCUCACGCAAAGGAACGAGAUUUUGAAACCUGAAUUCGAGCGCGCGUACAACAAAGUUGCUGAGACGCUGCAGAGAGUGCAUCAAACACAAAAGAAACUGAGCAACACUUUGAUCUUCCCCGAGCAACUACGGAACAACGGAUCGAUAGAAGCUAGUGUUAAUCGGCAUUUUGCACAACUUCAUGGUGUCCUUCAAAACUUAGAAAAGGAAAUCUUGGAUAGAAUGCAGGAUCAGCGUCGUAAUUUACGACAGAAUUUAGACAAUAUAAGACUGAAAUUGGAAAGCCAUGAAGAAGUAUUACGGGAUGGCUUACUGACAGCUGCUUCAGUAAAAGAUUACCUGACUCAAAUUGACCUAUCAAAAGUUAUUAAAAAACUCGAUAUUAUGGCUGGUGUGCCUUGCCACCUAGUAAAAGAUGGAGAAGAAUCUCAUGAAAAGCUCAAAUUUGAAGUCGACAACUCAGUGAUUGAACGUUUGAAAAAUCACUGCUCUAUUAAUGUACCACCGGUUGCCUCAUUCACUUUAUCUGAUAGUGAAAACCUGCCCCCAGACUAUAAUUUGGAGCCCCUGGUUCCACAAGAACUUCCAAGUCCAUGGGAGACUCUAAUCAGGGUCACAAAUGUGUCACCUACCCCUUCAAUAGCUACUUCAAUAGGUACUGUCACAUCCUACCAGUCCGAUGUCGGCUUCCUCACAAAAGGAAGCACUGAACUUGUCAGACUAACACACAUUGACGACCCUUCUUCGUUCUACGUACACCCGGUAAUACAGCUUAGAGAGAUUGACGACUUUCAUCGAAGCAUAGAAGAGUAUGCAUUGAAGAACAAUAAGUUGCCUUCGGAAAUUUAUAAAGGGAAAUUGUACAUCGUGAAAUACGAACAAUUCUGGUACCGCGGACGUGUUACGGACAGUUACAAAACUGGCCUAGGUCAAGAGUUGUAUGUUAUAAACUAUGUGGACUACGGUAACACGAAAGCGGUUCCCAUCGAAGAUAUGCGGGACAUGUCACCUUUAUUUGCCACCCAGUGUGCUUUGGCCCUCCAUUGUCGCUUACACGAUAUCUCGCCAAAAGGAGGAAAGUGGAGCCGUGAAGCUGUUGGAGCGAUGAAUAACAUGAUCGAUCAGAAGGACAUGGCAUUAACAAUGCACGUCCACGAAGUUCUCGAUGAUGGGUGGAGCGUUGAUAUUGUCAAAAACACCACCGAUAAACUAACGUCUUUUAGAGAUAGUCUCAUAUUUAUGGGAUACGGUAGCUUUGUAACAUCACAAAAGCUUAUGAAGCUGAACCCCAAUGCCGUGAGGAAAUACUUCUAUGGGGAAAUUAAACUCUCGAAAUACUUAACAGUUAUGUGUACUCACAUCGACUCGCCAGAUUGCGUAUACGUUGUAAGAACAUCUAAAAACUACGAACAGAUGGAACGAAUGACAGCCGAAAUGACCAGAGAGUACAAGAAAGGCAAAUCGAAAAAACUGAUUAUAUACUCUCCAGAAAUCGGUAUGGCUUGUGCUGCGCCACUUAACAAAGCCUGGUAUCGAGGCAUAAUUGUUGAUAUACCUGCUGAAAAAUUAGUCGAGGUGUUUUACGUUGACACUGGAUACAAGCGCAGCAUGUACUUUGAUCAAAUUCGAAAAAUGCAACAAAAGUAUAUGAACUUCGCAACUCAAGCCAUAAAAAUCAAGUUAAAGGACGUGGCCCCUCUGCCGUCCGAUCGCGGAAAGUGGAGUGCUAAUGCGAUUAAUUUCAUGGAGUCACAAAUAGGCGAGGGUAAAGUAAAAGCUAUCGCUUUCAAUGAGAUUGAAAACACCAAUGGGUUCUGCAAAUCUUACAGCGCUUGUUUGUACAUGAUGGAUGAUACGAACUUCAAUGCUCUCUUAGUUGACGUUGGUCAUGCAAUCAGCACUGGAGAGAGUUCUCAGUGCAGUACAUUCCAAAAGCAGAAAGACAAACCAACGAAAUCCAGGAGCAACGGCACAUUGAGCAAUUUAAGCUCAGCUUUUAGUGGUUCUACACGUUCGCUCGCGUCGUCGAGAUCUGAGAGGAUCACGGAUGACGUGGACCCAUUCAAAUUCCGAGUUGACGUCUCAAACGCAAAAUCUCCCGAUUGUAUCUACGUCGCUGAUCCAUCCAGGAAAGAAGUUAAUUUGUAUUUAUACGAUCAAAUGCAGUCUUUUUACAACACAAAGUCAGCCACUUUUGACGAACCAGUGAAGAAAGAUCAGAUGUGCUCUGUCUAUUCUACCAAGGACAAAGCAUUUUUCCGUGCUAAAGUAACAGAUCUUAAGUCCGAAUCGGAAAUCAACGUAUUUUUUAUCGACUUAGGAGUGGAAGAAACAGUUUCUAUUGACGACAUACAGCCCCUGGAUAAGAGAUUUAUAAGCACCCCGCGGUACCAAUUCAAAGUGAAACUUGCAGGCAUCACUCCCUGUGGUGGAUCAUCUUCUUGGCCUUCUUCAUCCUGCCAGAAGCUGCGGGAGAUCAUUUACGAAAACGAAAGCUGCAAAUUCUUCAUUUCAAAAGUGGGAGAAACGGUGGAUGAUGGAAUUCCAGUCGAGCUGUGGGUAAAGCAGUCAAAAACUGAGGGACCAUUAGCACCAACCAAAAUAGAAAUGAACUCAAUCAGUCGAAUGUUAGUACUUUCGGGGCAUGCGAUUCCAGUUAAGGACUUUCACCAAAACGCACAGAGAAUACUCGCAGUUGAGUUUAAACGACAACUGAACAAAAGUGAAGAGAGCCUCGAUUGCAUGAGCGAAAUUACCUGGUCCGUUAAAGAAGGACACGAUGACACGAUAGUCGAGUCAGAUAUUUCUUCAAAUUCUGCCAGCGAUUCUGACUCUGAUACAAUAAGCCAAAACGUAAAAACCGAAGACAGUACAUCAUCAGAAUCUAUACAUUUGCCACCAAACAUGGCUGCCUGGAUACAACCUGUUCCCAUAACAGAGGACUCAUUCAUUGCUAUUCCAACGUAUAUCGACCAUGAUUGCUUUCUGUAUCUACAUCCAAAGAAGGCUUGCGACGAAACGCUCAAGUAUAUUGAAGCUGAAUUAGAUAAGCGAUAUUGCAGAUCAAAAAUAAGACCCUACGAUAAAGUUUGGAAAGAAGGUGACAUGUGCGUGGCUCAGUAUCAUUGCAACAAAAAAUGGUACAGAGGUCUGGUAAAAAAAAUACACAAUGAGAAUAACGUUCAGGUUGAGUUCGUGGACUAUGGUAAUGUAGAAGACUGCGAAAUCGGAACAUUGAAGAAGAAGAUCAUACUUGGCAAUUUACCGAUUCAGUGCACAAAAUGCGUCAUUCAUGGUCUCUAUUCGAAUGCACCAGAUGGACGAUGGACCGAGAAAGAAUUGGACGAUCUCCACCAAUUGCUCGUGGAGAAGCAGUGUGAAGUCACUGUACUAGACAGAACGGGAAUUUCACCACAAAUUCUUCACAUCUCCAUCACUUUGCUGAGGCCAGAGAGAUCUGAACUAAUAGCUUUUCUUUGUGAAGCGGGAAUGAACAUCCAGAACCCCAACGGAAGCUGCACAGAAUCUGAAUCACCUAACAAUUCAGUGAUGUAUAAUACUAUGAAAAAGGCCAAUGUAAAAGAAAGCUACGCGCAAAUCGAAGACGUCGUAAUUGAAGGUUACUUGAAAGACUGUGCAACUUUUCCGAAAACGGAAGUUUUCGAGAGUGAAGAUGAGUGCAUGGAUCUGAUGUCCGAAAAAGCUGAUGACGAUGUCACCGAUGCCUUAUCAAGUACAGAAAUCAAAGACCCUGUGCUUGCUGGAAAAAUUGAACCUCCAGGGAGUGUCGAGAUGAAUAGCGUGAAUGCAACUGAGGCCGAAAGCCGCAUAGAGAGCUUAUCUUGGUAUGAUAUGGUUAAUAUGGAAAGCAAACUUAUUUCUUCCACGCCACAAGUAGGUCUCUCCAUUGCCUCGUCACAGACAGACCCCAGUGAAAGUGUGGUGGAGUCCAGUUACACGGAUGUCGUGGACUUUAUAGGAGAAGAUGUUAAGAAAAUCGUGAUGGAGAUAGGAAACAUUUCUCGAAGUAGUUUGACUGUAUUUCAUGGUCAUAUGAAAGGAGGCGAUAGCAAGCUCGUUAAAACGUACGUGGAACAGUACGAAAGUAUGGCUGAUACAUUACAACAAGUUGCUGCAGAUCAACCUAUCAUAGAAAAUCCAGAAGUUGGCAUGUCUUGCAUCGCACUCUACAUAGACAACCAAUGGUACAGAGGUUUACUAGUGAAGUGCGAGUUGAAUCCCUUUUCGUCCAAACUAGAAGUUAAAGUACUAUUCGUUGAUUUCGGAAAUGAGGAAAUCGUAGAUGCUACUAGACUUCGACAAACUGACGAGAAAUGGAUGAGUAUACCUGCCAUGGCUAUCAAAUGUCGCCUUUACAACCUCGUUCCUGGAACGCAACGUCCAAAAGAAGAAACCAGUAGAUGUAUGAUCGAACACCUAGAAAAUGUUGCUGUCGUUGCUAAGAUUAACGAACGUCACAACAAAACUCUGGAUGUCGAGUUAUUUUUGGACGAAGAUUGUACAGAUCCAGCACUAACAGAGCUUAUAGAAAAAGGAUUAUUCAAGUUAAAAACCAAAAAGGAUUAAUUACGUAAAUAGGAUCUAAGCCGUUUUUUUAUACCUUAAAUACCCUAAGCAGAGAGUGUGUAGACAUCACUUUCUGGCUAAUGUUUUCUAAAAAAGUGAUACUAUUAGAUGAUAGUAAUAUUUAGUUUAACGUGAUUUCAUAAAAAAGUAAAAUAUUUAGUUUAGUAUUGUUUAUUAUACAGUAGACAAAGAACAAAGUUGUGUUACAAAGCUUCAUUUAAUUACUGUUUAACUUUAAACCUACCGACAUUUAUUUUUAUCCGACAUUAUUUUCAGCAGCUAGUGUUUAUCGCUGCGUACUUUUAGCUAUUUGUUCUUUAAGGACUAAAAUAGAUUGGCGUUGUUCUGGUGGAAGCAUAGCAAUCUGCUCGUCCGACAGUUGAAGAACUUGCAUUAUCAAUGCAGCCUAAAAAAAAAUAGUGGAUGACCAUAAAAAUAGUUUUGACCAUAGAGUUUCUUUCUCUUAAUAUGUCCGACUCCGUACUGUGAAUAAACACUUUCCUACUUCAUGCAAAA